GUUCUCCAUUUCUCUCAUUUUGCCUCACUCUCAAAAAGGUCCAACUCUGAGCCUGCUCCCUUUCUCUCUCUCAUCCAUCCAACUCCAAUCGAUCGCUCACUACUCCAACAUGUCUUUCAGAGUGUACUCGGCACCCAUGUCUGACAUGCAGUCCUCCAGGAUGUCCUAUGCCACGCGCUCCAUGCCGCCCUCCUCCCAGCGCGCCGCCAGCACCUACGGCGGAGCGGGCGGACAGGGCACCCGCAUCUCCUCUGCCAACUUCUCCGGCCUGCGCAGCGGGGCCCCUGGUGGCUCCUCUGCCUUCUCGUCCUCUUCCUCCUACAAGGUGAGCAGCGGCAUGGGCAUGGGCGGAGGCAUGGGCCUGGGUGGAGGCAUGGGCAUGGGUGGAGGCAUGGUCGGUGCUGCUUCUUCCAUGGCUGCGGGCGGAGGCAGCGGUGGCAUCAUGGGCAACGAGAAGGGAGCCAUGCAGAACCUCAAUGACCGUCUGGCCAACUACCUGGAGACGGUGAGGACCCUGGAGCAGGCCAACGCACAGCUGGAGAUGAAGAUCAGAGCAGUGCUGGAGAAGGGAAGCCCGGACAGUAGAGACUACAGCAAGUACACCCCCGUCAUCGACGAUCUGCGCAAAAAGGUGUUUGAUACGACUGUGGAUAACUCCAGCCUUGUGCUCCAAAUUGAUAAUGCCCGUCUAGCCACUGACGAUUUCAGAGUGAAGUUUGAAAACGAGAUGGCCAUUCGCCAGUCAGUGGAGGCGGACAUUGUGGGGCUGAAGAAGGUCCUUGAUGAAACCAACAUGGGCAGGAUGAACAUCGAGAGUGAGAUCGAGUCUGUGAGGGAGGAAUUGAUCUUCCUGAAGAAGAACCAUGAUAAUGAAGUCAUGGAGUUGCGCAACCAGGUUGCCCAGUCAGGAGUGCAGGUGGACAUCGAUGCCCCCAAAGGUCAAGACAUGUCCGGGAUCAUGGAGGAGAUGAGGGCCAAUUAUGAGAAGAUGGCUUUGAAAAACGCAGAGGACCUAAAAAUCUGGCAUGAAAAUCAGAUCUCAGAUGUACAAGUGCAGGUAUCUCAGAACACCGAGGCUCUCCAGGGGGCGCAGAUGGAAAUGACGGACCUCAGAAGACAGAUUCAAACCUUGGAGAUCGAGCUGGCGUCCCAACAGAGCCUGAAAGCUUCAUUGGAUGACACGCUACGGAACACGGAGCAGCGCAACAACAUGGAGAUGGAGAGGUACAACAACAUCAUUGUAAACCUGGAAGGGGAACUGACCAACCUGCGGGGCAACAUCCAACACCAGGGCCAGGAGUACGAGGCAUUGCUCAACAUGAAGAUGAAGCUGGAGGCUGAGAUCCUCACCUACAGGUCUCUGUUGGAUGGAGAAGAUUUCAAAUCUACCCAACAGCUUAGAAGCUAGGGGCUGUGUCCAGGCAGGGCCAUAGGGCUCCAAGAUGCUCUGGAUGAACUGAAGGCUUGAACAAUGAGAAAAUAAAAGAGAAAAUCAUGGUGAUAAUCAUCAUCCUAACAAAGAGCAGUUAUUGCAGAACCAUCAUUGCAUUAAAAGCCAGUCUCACUGAGCAAAGCUUCCAGUGCUGUGUCAACACCUGACCUAAAAAUGACCAAAGUACCAAAAUAAAGUUUUUUAACACCUUUUAA